AUAAAAAAGUGCGUCUAGCUAAAAUUAAAAAUUGAAAAGCAAUUGAAACGAAACAGAUAAACAAAAGCAAAGUCUAAAAGCUGCAAGCCAAACAUACGAAACCAAAAAUAUCAAACCAAAAAAAAACAAACUGAGUUAAGCUAAACAAGCAGUCAAUCUAUCAAUCAAUCAAUCAAUCAAUCAACAAAUAUGCUAAAGUUACAUAUGCUGGAGCAAGUCGUCAAUAUGGAGAAUGUCUGCGAGAAUUCACAGGAGCUGUCGCCGAAGCGUAAAGUGGCCACUGCGGCAGCUGCCACAACUGGUGGCAGCAACUGCUCGGCCAAGAGUACGCCAACGGUCUCGGCCACAUCAUCGCCGCAUCAUCAGCCAACGCCGCCGCAGCGACAUAUUCAUGCAACAGUGGCAAGUGGCAAAAGCUUUAGCCAGGGCAGCUCACCAGCUGGACGCCAGCAUGCUUUCAUGGCAGGCGGUGGCACACAGAAGCAACAGCCAGGUGCUCCAGGCAGUGCCAACACCAUCACACACAGUCCCGAACACUUGCGUGGCGCAACACAGGAUCUGUUUGAGCUGCUGGAACGUGUACAGUGCUCACGGCUAGACGAUCAGCGUUGUGUGCUUCCAGCUUAUUUCUCACAGAAUCAUCGUGGCAGCAAUGCCAGCGAGGAGCGCGUACCGUUGCCACAUUCACCGCAUGACAGUCACAACGGUGGAGGCGGCGGCGGCGGCUUGCAGCAUUCGGGAUCUCGGGCCACAUUGCGCCACUCGAUGAAUCACUCCAGCACCUCAGUGUCCGGCUCGGCGGCCAGCUCGACGCCCGCCUCGCCGCAGCUGAGCGGCGUGGUGAGCGCAACGGGCGGACAGCUGCUCUCGAACGGGCAUCACUAUCAGUCACAGUCGUCGGUUUCGUCGAACUCCUCGAUAGUGUCGGCCAUACCCGCCUCGCAGCGUCUGCUGGAGGAAGCGCUGACCAAGCAGGCGCCCUAUCCAAUGAUACUGCUGCCGCUCCAUGGUGGCUACUGGCUCGAUGGCACCGAGCACGAGUGCAGCUAUGAUGCGCGUGGGAAUCCGCAGCUGCCGCAGACCACCUGGAUGGCCAAGUUCGAAACAGACGAUACGGCCAAGUGCUACAGACGCUUCUAUGCGGCACGCGAGCACUCGAAUCUGGUUGGGCACGAUGAGCAGCUGGGCCCGGUGCUCAUCAGCAUCAAGUCGGAGAAUGUGGCCAAUCAGGAGCACAUGCGCAUUUUGCUGCGUCUACGCACUGGCACAAUGCACGAACAAAUCCCUGUGUCCUGCAUGGGCGCACAGCCGAGUCCGGCCAAGAUGGUGCGUCUGCUGAACGAGCAAAUCCAAGUGGACAACUUUAUGCCAGUGCUCUGCCCCAAGGCCUCGCAGCUCAUCAGCGUCUAUGAUGAGCAUGUGCUUGUCUCGCACUUUAAGUUCGGCGUGCUCUACCAAAGAUAUGGCCAGACUACCGAGGAGGAGCUCUUUGCCAAUCAGCAAACCUCGCCUGCGUUCGAGGAGUUCUUGGAUGUGCUGGGUCAGCGCAUUCGGCUCAAGGAGCACAAAGGCUAUCGCGGUGGUUUGGACAUACAAAAUGGUCACACUGGCGACACUGCUGUCUAUGAAGUAUUCAAGGAGCGUGAGAUUAUGUUCCAUGUCUCCACGCUGCUGCCCUACACCGAAGCUGAUCCGCAGCAGCUGCAGCGCAAGCGUCACAUCGGCAACGACAUUGUCGCCAUUGUAUUCCAGGAGACCAACACACCCUUCUCGCCCGACAUGAUUGCCAGUCACUUUUUGCAUGCGUUCAUUGUGGUGCAGCCACUCGAACCGAAUACUCCACACACUCGCUACAAGGUCAGCGUUACCGCUCGCGAUGAUGUGCCCUUCUUUGGACCCAAAUUACCCUCACCUGCGGUAUUUCGCAAGGGUCAGGAGUUCAAGGAGUUUUUGCUUACAAAGCUCAUCAAUGCGGAGAACGCUUGCUACAAGGCCGAGAAGUUCGCCAAGCUGGAGCUGCGCACACGCACGUCGCUGCUGCAAAAUCUAGUGGAGGAGCUGAAGGAAAAGACGCGCGACUUCCUGGGAGCCGAUCUGUCGCAAACUCUAGCUGGCAGUCCCACACCAGAAACACCCAAGUCGGAGAGCGGUGGUGGUGGCGGCAAUGCAGGCACGCGCUUUAUCGAUACCGUUAAGAAGGCGCUCAUCAUGCGUGUGCGCUCCCAAAGCGUGGACACUGGCAAUGGUGCAGACAAGUUUAGCGUCAACACCAAGACGGGCACACUCAACAACAAGAAGGAACCACAGCCCGAAACCCAAACACCCAAUUUGAAUACCUGCAGUCGCACCGCCUCGAAGUCCUCAUCUAAAUCUAAAUCAUCGAAUGAGUCUACAUCCUCCUCACCGGACAUAACCUCGCGUCAGGCAAACAACAACAACAACAAUGGCAAUGCACAUGCUGCAGUUAAUGCUGCUAUGCAACAAAAUGGCGGCGGCGGCGCUGCUGCUACAGCAGCUGCAGCUGCAGCUGUAAAUGCAGCACAUAAUGGCGGCGGCGUUGUGGGCGUGGCAGUUGCUACUAUGUCGGAGACAAGCGAUGAUUCGAGCUUAAACAGCGUGGAUUUAGAUCCGAUGAUGGGUCAUCUGGAUGGUGGCGCCACCUACAUAGACAGCGAUACAGGUUUGGAAAGCAUGAGCUCAGCCGAAGCUACCACCAAGGCCUGCUCGCUUUGCUUGGAGGGAGUGCAAGGCACCACCUUGAUGGGCAGCUCACCCAGCAAUGAAACCAUUAUGGUUAUCGAAAAUCUGCGACAGGAGGUGACACGACUCAAGUGCGAUAAGUUGGAUUUGCUGCGUCAGAAUGUGACUUGCCAGCGCGAUAUCAAGCGACUGCGAGAACGAGAAAUGUCGCUACAGGGAGAUUUAGCAGCAGCGGGACGAGAGAUUUUGCGCCUACGCGAUCUACUCAAGGAGUAUAUGCCGGAUACGGCUACAGCACCGCUCUCCAUAUCGCCCAUCUAAGCGCGUCUAACGCAUUAACUCUUUAUACUAAUUUGCAAUUUGGAAAGCAGAUGGAGAAGGGGUCGGAGUAGAAGUAGGAGAACCACUGUGCCGUGUCUAACACUUUGGAAGCGACGAAAUUGAAAGCGAAACAUGAAAGAGAACAAAAUGUAUUAUAUUUAGUUUUUGCUGUAGCACUCGAAGAGAUCAAAAAAAAACAAAAGGCAUAGGAGCUUGCAAGCAUAUAUAUGAGAGAAUUAUUAUUAUAACUAAGCA